AUGAUGAAAUACAUCUACUCCAACCUCAUCCCCCCCUCUUCCUACUCCACCCAAGGCCUCUGCGCCGACAUCCCCCUCCGCUGCCACCGCAAUGCAAACAUGGACGAACACGGCACUAUCCGCCUCCGCAACGACUGGCAGACCCACAUCGGGUCCCUCCCCUCCUCGACCCAUGGCGGUCGUGGCCCAAUGUACAACUUCACGUCCGUGACGAUACCGGAGUGUCUGCCGGAACGUCUUGAAGGCGUGAGCUAUGCGAUGGAGUUCGCAUUUCUGCACGAUGAUCUGGUGGAUGGGGAUGGGGCCGGGGGCGGACUCGCGCUGUACGAGGACAUAAUGCGGGACAUCGGCGCUGAGUCUCGAGGUGAGGUGCAUGGCGGUAGUGCAACAGGCGAAGCCCGCAUCCUGCGCAGCAUCAUGGAGGAGAUGUCGUCCUUGGACGCCUUCCGGACGAAAGAGUUGCUGCAAUACUGGAAGACGGGUGUCAGUCUGCCGCGGGAUCGGACGCAUUUCGACACCUUUGAAGAGUAUUUGGAUUUUAGGCUUGUGGACUCGGGGGCGUUAACCAGUCUCUUGACAGGGCUGAUGACUUUUGGGAUGGCGCUUACCAUCCCCCCAGAGGAGAAAGAGGAGUGCAUGGCACUCACGCGGCGCGCGUGGCAUGCAGCGUUUCUCACUAACGAUGUUCAGUCGUGGGAGAAGGAGUGUGCGGAAUAUGAGAAGCAGGUUGCGCUGAGCGAGGGGGUGGAGACGCCGCACAUGGUGAAUAGCGUGUGGGUGCUCAUGCAGCAAGAAUCUCUCAAUGUAGAGGAAGCGAUUGAGAGGGUUCUAGAGAAGGUGAAGGGGUUUGUGGCAGAAUAUGCUGAGAUUGUCACAGGGAUCCAGGGGAGAAUGGACUUGUCUGAGGACUCGCAAUGUUUCGUGGAAGCUGCACAGUACAUGGUUAGUGGAAAUCUUGUGUGGGGAAUGGAGAGCCCAAGAUACCAUGCGGAUCGGGGUUUGGACAGAGUUCAGAAGGCGAAUAGGGAGCGUGCGGUGCUUAGGACUGCGAAUCAGCUGCCUACGCCACCCGACGAAGCACUGCAUUCUAGUCCUGAUAGAGCCGCAUAG